AUGUCCAUGCCCAAGGGGGACAUGGGCAUGGCGGCCGCGAGGCUCACGGACGACCUCCUCGUGGAGAUCCUCGCGCGCGUGCCCGCCAAAUCGCUCGCCCGCUUCAAGUGCGUCUCCAGGCACUGGCUGAGCCUCACCUUCCACCGCAGCCACCGCAGGAGGCUCCCCCAGACGCUGUCCGGCUUCUUCUACAGCAGCACCGGCGGGGAGUGCUUCCUGGAGUCACCUGUCCAGUUCACCAGCGUCGGGGGCAGCCGCCGCCCUCUGGUCCGCACCUCUUUGGCGUUCCUCCCCAGCCACCGGCGCGUCGACCUCCAGGACUGCUGCAACGGCCUCCUCCUCUGCCGCUGGUACCACGUCUCUGCCCGUGGCGACGAGUCCCGUUACGUCGUGUGCAACCCCGCCACGGAGAAGUGGGUCGUCUUGCCGGACUCCGGCCAGGCGGGCGAGGUGGGCGCCGCUCGUAUGGGCUUCGACCAGGCCGUAUUCUAGAUGGCGGUCAUAUUCAGCAGUCACAGGGUCGCCUGCAUUAUGCCAAUUUUCAUCAAGAUGAAGAUGGCCGUGUGGUUCGACUAGCAGUUCAUGUUCUCGAGGACUAUGACAGCAAAGAAUGGAUAUUGAAGCAUAGCGUUGAAACUUCAUAUUUAUCCGGAGGAACGCAUGUUCUUGGCCUUAAUGUGGACUUCCAUUUGAUUGCGGUUCAUCCGGAAUGUAACUUGAUAUUUUUCACUGUGGGGCGGGAUACCACCUUCAUGUGCUAUAAUAUGGGAGUAAAUUGCAGAAAA